GGCAGAAGUAGCGUACUUUCUUCAACACUAGUUCCCGAUCAAGAAUCUCGAACACAGAGAUCGAUGAUAUAUAUAUAUAUACUGAACUGACUUGAUUAUCCGACAAUAAACAUAUCUCUGUUUCAUCUUAGAUACCCAGAAGCUUAAAAGCCAAGAAGAACACAACGAAAUCAAUCCGAGGUAAUUAGUUGUCGGGAGCCAGGAGGAGGAGGAGGAAGCAUGGGAGAGGUCUUGACAUGGAUUAUUUCAUUCGUCAUCCUUAUCACUCUUGUCGGACUCAUCGUCUAUCAGCUUAUUAGCUUAGCUGAUCUCGAGUUUGAUUACAUCAACCCUUACGACUCUGCAUCAAGAAUAAACUUUGUGGUAGUACCAGAAUCCAUCCUUCAAGGAUUUUUAUGCGUAUUCUACCUCUUUACGGGUCAUUGGUUCAUGGCAAUCCUCUGUGUUCCUUAUCUCUACUACAACUUCCAUCUUUACUCGAGAAAACAGCAUUUGAUAGACGUCACAGAGAUCUUCAACUUGCUCGAUUGGGAAAAGAAGAAACGACUCUUCAAGCUCGCUUACAUAGUCCUCACUCUAUUUCUCACCAUCUUCUGGUUAAUCUAUUCAACACUUGAUGAUUACGAGGACUGAACCGUGCUUGAAGAUACAUCGCUCGGUUUGUUCAAACCCCCUUUCUUGCUACUUGACACUGAGCUUUAAGAGACGACAGCAGUGUGACGAUGAAAAGGAAGGUUUUGUAUGUUAGUUAACUGGUUUUAAGGGGGGGGGGGCGACUAGAGAUUUUCUCUAAACCAGAUUUAUAGUCCAUUAGAUUGUUUGAUCUUUGUGGUGAAUCUGUUUAACCAUAUCGGAACCUUCUAACUUAUUCAGAGGUUUUACUUUUUUUUUUUAGCUGCAAAAUUAAUAUUUUUAGGGGUUUUUAGUAUUUAAAUAAAGAGAAAUUGGUAAAUUCUUCAAUUGUGGUGAAGCUAGAAGAAUUUUUUUUAUCUUUAAUCAUCGUGGUGAGUUCUUCUUUCUUUAGAUUUUGAUUCAUCCCAAUCGAGUAUGAAAUUGUGAAGAUCGUCGUUUGGAUUCUGAAUCUCCUGAAACCCUAAUCAAUCCCAAAUCAUCAUCAUCUCUCGAUCACGCUUUUGAUUUUUCUAAGUUUCGAGUGGAUUUGUGGGUGAAACUUAAUGUAAUUUGCAAAAGUUUUGUUACUCUAUGUUGAAUGAAUCUUAAUAGUUCGUAUGGGGUUUUUAUUGUCUC